AUGGAGACGCGGCGGACGCAGGCAGGCUUGACGCGCGGCAUGGCUAGCGCGCUGGGGCUGGCGGGUCACAGCCGGCGCAUGGCAGGCCGUCAGGCGGUCACAGGGCUCACUCGCGGCCGGGUCACUCAGAGUGCGGCACGAACGAACAGCCGGGCGCUCCUCUCGCCAUCUGACGCGGGACUGAGCCGAGCGGCGGGCGGCGGCCGCGCGCGCGCGCACCAGGUACACGGUUAUGACAGGGAGGCGGGGCCGGCCCCGGCUCAUAAAUCAAACUUCGCCCAUUCGCACGCGUUCCGAGCUCUCCCUCCUCUAUAUUCAAUAUUCAGGGCGGGGCAUAUUUCAUAA